UGUGUGAUGGCAGUGCUUAUUUACCACCGCGGACUGAAGGAACAAGCUGUAGCCUACAGUACAGUACUUAACAACCACAACAAGCUUUAGAAUGUUGGGGGCAAAAGGCGCUCAGAUAAACGUCUUACCUCACAAAGCCAACAAUGACGGAAUAGUGGAUUCUUGACCUGGUCUAGUCGAAGAAAUAUCUCUGCGCGUUGUCCACAUCCCCUCCACCUGACAACCACACGCAAACACAGGACUGCAAAGUUGGCUGCUGUCUGGCGUCCAUCUCAAGUUCCGUGUUCAGUGGUACAGUGUGGUCAACAUGGAUGAAUUCCCCCCCAAAUUCAGCAAGGUGCUGGUGACACCUGAUCCGCAGUACAUACCGGGGUAUGCAGGUUACUGCCCCCAGCUGAAGUACCACCUGGGGAAGACCUACGGCCAGCUGACUGCCAAGCUGCUGUCCUCUCCGGAGGUGUCGCCCUCACGUCGCCUAGUCCUCCACACGGGCUGCUUCCCCUCCACAGAGACAGACACGGGCCCGCGGGACGAGAACUGGAGGAGCCACCAUGGAGAACGCAGGAAUCUAGAGAGGAUGAUACCGGGCUACACUGGCUUUGUCCCCAAAAGCCAGAACUACUUCUCCCGUACCUACACUGAGACGUGUCGCGAGGCACUGUCUGAGUUUGACCGAGACCAGCAGAGGAGGGUUCAUCUGGCACCAGCAGACAAACCGCUUGUCAGCAACACCACCAAUUCCGAGUUUAAACCUCGGAGACUGAGCACCCCUCUGACGGCCAUCUCCAAAGAUCCAGCCCCCUACGAGGCCCUGGAGCCCUGGAAACCCAAAGUGUCUCCUUACUUCAUGGAGGACAGCAGUCCACACAAGUACUUCAUCUCAGGUUACACAGGGUACGUGCCCAAAUCUCGCUUCCUGAUUGGCACUGGCUACCCCAUCACCACCAACAAAGCCCUGGUCCAGUUUGGAAAGGAAAUGAGGAGUGACCUCACCUCCCUGCGUCUCCCUGGGGAGGAAUCAGGAGUCCUGCCCCCCAUCCCCACAGUCUACCCGUCCCACCGGGGCCUGCUGCCCUCCUACACCGGCCAUGUUCCAGGACACAAGUUCAGGUACGGCCAGACCUUUGGGCAGCUUACCCACAAUGCCCUGGGGCUAAGCGGCACUCAGAAGAUAGAGGCCAGAGCUCAGUAACGGAGGAUCUCGACUGGUGCCAAAAUGAGCCAUGAUCAAAUCCACUGCCAAGCUCACAGAUUUCAGCAGACCUGGAGAAACAUGGAAAGAAGCAAUCAGGAGUUAGCUCAUUUCAUAUUCUGUGCCAUGCAGGGGGGUUAUCAAAAUGCCUGAGGGACUGACAUAAAACAGAUUUGAUUCAUUAACCAGAAACAUCAGACACUGAAUAAAAAGGGUGUAUAUACAGAACCACAUGGGAACAUCCAUGAUUCAUCUCCCUUCCAUCUUGCUCUGGCUCUCUCUAAAAUGUCAGGGUACAUUCUUAAUGCAUAUUGAAUCUGCCUACCAUGCUCUCCCCUGUCAAACGGACAGUACAUCACUGUUCAAGCUUUGCUUUCACAAGACAAUGUGCAUACAAGCAUGGGAUUGACAUUUACAUUGUUUGGUUAUAAUCAUGUGUGUCUGUAUUGUGACACUAAAAUAACAUAUCUGUGAA